CCUCUGAGCUCCAGUCCUGAUUUUCGGCGCCAGGACGCAGGAGAUCCACGUUCUUCCUAUCCGCUCCACGCCUGGUGUUCCUGAUCUCCAGGUCUUUUGUCCCCGGAACUCGCAGUCACUCCUGGCUGGGUGUCCAUCUGGACUUUUGCUCGCAUCUGGAUCUCAGCGAGGCCAGCAGGGAAGAAAAAAAAAAAAAAAACAUAAAACAAAACAUCGGCGUCCUGAAGUUUGACACACAAAAACAAAGUAAAGUUCAUUCCGGCAGCUCCACUCUCCUUCGUGGAUUUUGCUCCCGUCGGAACCGUGAAACAGUGGAGUGACUGAGAUUGACGCCAGGAGAAGUUUAAGAAGGAGGAGGAAGAAAAGUUUAUUUUUUCAUUUUCUUUAGAGGUACCCGCAUUUAGUAACUAACUUUUGUCUGUCGAGUCUGGUACUCGACUUGUUGUGAACGGACUGUUUUUUUUCUCGGAGUUUUUUUUUUUUUUUUUUUUUUUUUUUGGUGAGCUGGCCUCGGAGCUGCUGUGAAGACUUGAAGUCAGAAAUCUGUGCGUCUCUGAAGAAACCCAACGUUGGAGACCAGGAUACUCAGCCCAACAACCACAAAUCUCUUUCCAAUUGUUUUUCUUUUUUGUGUUUUGAUCCAUUUGUUUCCACCACACACACUGAAAUGAAGUCGCUGUUGGUGCUGUGUGUCGUUUGCCCGCUGGCCGUGCUGUGCGUUUCGGGCACCGCGGAGCAGAAGUCGAAAAACUGUAACGAAGUUCGUGCCGCUUUCAGCUCCAAAGGCUUCAACAUUAACGACGUUCCCAACAAAGGAAUCUCCGGAGCUUCUCUCAAAGUGUGCCCACAAGGUUUCUCCUGCUGCACAGUGGAGAUGGAGGAGAAGCUCAGCCAACAGAGCCACACGGAGAUCAAAGCGCCUGUGUCCAGGCUUAGCACCAACCUACAAACCAUCUUCAAAGAGAGGCACAACCACUUUGACAACUUUUUCCGUGAGCUGUUGAAAAACGCAGAGGCCUCGCUGCACAACAUGUUCUUAAGAACGUACGGAAAGAUGUACGAGCAGAACUCGGAGCUCUUCGGGAACUUCUUCGCGUCCCUGACAAGGUACUACAUAGACGGGAGCGCCAAGGUGGACCUGGACGCCAUGCUGACGGACUUCUGGGCCGACCUCCUGGAGCGGAUGUUCCGGCUGGUCAACGUGCAGUUCGAGUUCAGCGACGCCUACAUGGAGUGCGUGAGCCGGAACACGGACGAGCUGCAGCCCUUCGGGGACGUGCCCCGCAAGCUCCGCAUCCAACUGAAGCGAGCCUUCAUCGCUGCACGCACGUUCGUGCGCGGCCUGAAGCUCAUGCCGGAGGUUUUCAAUAAAGUCUCCACGGUCAGUGCGACCCCCAGCUGCGUGCGAGCCGCCACCAAGAUGCUGUACUGUCCGUACUGCUCGGGCCAGGUGGCGCUGAAGCCCUGCCAGAACUACUGCCUGAACGUGAUGCGAGGCUGCCUGGCCAACCAAGCGGACUUGGACACGGAGUGGAACAACUUCCUAGACGCCAUGCUGAAUCUGGCAGACAGGCUCGAAGGCCCGUUUAACUUUGAGUCAGUGAUGGAUCCCAUCGACGUCAAGAUUUCUGAGGCCAUCAUGAACAUGCAGGAGAACAGCAUGCAAGUCUCUCAAAAAGUUUUCCAAGGAUGUGGGACGCCAAAGUUGAGCCAGAGCUUCCGCAGCAAACGUUCUCUGAAAGAAACGGGCUUCACGGGUCGGUUCCGUCCCUACACACCGGAGGCCCGGCCCACGACGGCCGCUGGAACGAGCUUAGACCGACUGACGAGUGAAGUGAAGAAAAAGCUGAAACACGCUAAGAAAUUCUGGUCCACGUUGCCCGAGACGGUGUGUGCAGAUGAGAGGAUCGCCCCCGGCGACGAGUGCUGGAACGGUACAGCAAAGAGCAGGUACGAGCUUCACGUCAUCGGAAACGGAUUGGCCAACCAGGGCACCAACCCGGACGUGGAGGUGGACAUAACCAAACCGCACACCGUGAUUCGCAGUCAGAUCGCAGCUCUGAAGGAAAUGACCAUCUGGUUAAAAACGGCACACAGCGGCAACGAGAUCAUUGAAAGCAUAGACGACGACAGCAGCGGGGAAAGCGGCAGCGGCUGCGACUCCGCAUCCUGCGAACCGGACAUUUACUUCUUCACCACCACCACGCCCAUCCCCAAAGGGCCGCGGGUCAAUCUGGUGCACAGCAAUAAUUCCGCUGGGGUUCCCAUCCGGGCAGGUGUGACGCUGGCGCUCUGCGGGCUCAUCGCCGCUCUGCUCGCGCCGCGGUUGAGAUAAAAAAGUGAGCCGGGCGAGAGAAAAAACGGAACGCUGGAAAAGGAAAAGAAAAAGCGAAGGGGAAAACUGUCAGAGACUUUAACAAAGACUGCCUUCAGGACCUCAGACUGUCCGCUGUUUGGGGGGGUGGGAUUCGUCUUGAUAUUACAAUAACUUCACUAUUAACUAUUUGUAUGUUUUUAAGGACAUUGGUGUACAGCAGCACAGUUUUCUUCCCAAGAAUCAUCGGAUCAUUUAGCUCCCUUUAGUUUCACUUUGCAGCAUUUCCGACCUAAAAUGACCUUCCUAUUCUUGCAGUUGAAUCUCCCGAUACAUUUUGUGCCUUCUUCAGAGCUCAGCGCUUGAUGACGCGUUCGGAAAGAUGUCUGGUGGAACGGGGUGUGCUGGUCGUCAUAUUCCUGAGGAUAUUUUAGGCAAUGAUGCAACAUUUUCAGUGGAUGAAUCCCUGUAGACCUUUAAAAAAAAAAACAGUCCAAAUCUGUAACACCUACUGUGUUCGCUUUGGCUGUCUUAGCUUUUUUUAAAGGUGGAAUUGAAGAGCUGAGGUUUUGUCUGACCCAAAGAUCUUUCCUUUUUGGUUCUUGCACCCGCUACGACCGUAACAACCACCUAACCUUUUAACGUCUUCAGUAGUGAAACAAUACCUCGUUCUUGGAUUCGAUGCGAACUCUGAGUUGAAGGUGUCUGAUAGUUGGAUGCGUGGCUCCCCCUGGAAGAAGAAGGCGUCAUCGUUGGGUCUCAGACGCCCCUCGCCGCCGCUGAAUGGCUGCGUUCAGCACAGACUGCACGGCGUAGACUGUGGAGAGAAGAUGGAUGUCCAGAGCAUUUCACGUACGAAACCAGAGGAGAAAAACAAAGUGUUUUGUUUGAGAGAUCAAAGUCUAUUUUGAUACAGGGUUCUAUGUUGAGGAGAUGUGAUUGUUUGUCUAUUUUUGGUAUGAAGAUAUAUAUUUGGUACUACAGGCAGACUGUACUGCUUGUCUGAGAGGAUGGAAGAGGACAGAGUGCACAGUUUUACCCUCCCCUCCUUGUCUUGCCUCUGAAAUAGCCUAAGUAGUACAAACAGGCAGGAAUGUGUUCUCACCCUUUAAGGUGGAAUCUUGAGGUUCCGUCACAGUUGCGUUCCUCCCGUUCGGUUGAGUGUUUUGUCCCGCUUUUUUAAGGAUUUAGUCUGCACAGAUUCCCUGAAAGUUCAGCAUCCUCCAGUUUGAUAAUCAGGUCUGUGAGUCGACCGUUUCUACCCUAAACCGAUGCUGCCUCCUGUAGCUUUUGUACAGUAACUUAUGUCUGUAUUUGAAUGUCAUUGCAACAUGUUUUCCCACCCAAAUACAGCGCUAUAGCAUGCGUACAGCUGGAAAAGGAACACUUGGCUCUCUGAGUAAUUUAUUAGACGCUCACAUGAGGAAAAGAAAUCCUGUUCAAGUGUAAACUCGAAUCAAACCUCUUUGGUUUGAAGCGAGCGCCGUUAGGUUUUAAAGACACCUCCCGUUUUUAUUAAGGUUCAGAGUUUGAAGGAUUUGAAGAAAACAUCUAUGCAUUAAAAGCCCUGAAGCCUUAAACGAAAAGCAGCGCUUCCACUUCAGACGGGAACUCUGUUUUUGUAACCCGUAAACAUUUCUGCAUGGGCUUGUGCACGUGUGUUGGAGCUCCGAAGAAGCAAUCUCAGAGCUGGGGUGGGUGAAGGGGGGGAUGUUAGGUUUAUUGGUUUUGGGUGGCGAUGGUUGAAUGUCGGCGCUUGCAGGCCCCGGGGCGGCGAGCGAACCCGGCUGGCAGGAGCUGCUGGACGGUCAUGUGACUUAAAAGUUAGGUUAGGUUCGGCAGGUGUUGGAAGCUUUGCCUUUGGCCCCUCGAGAACAGAAAAGGACUCGCUCUGAAGAAACGAAUGACUGAAAAGGAGUGAAAGAAGUGUAAAUACAGAGCAGCCGGGUUUAGAUGUCUCUAAAAGAGGCCUUAACAGUACACCAGAUUUUUACAUGUCAGAGUAUCUCCUAAAUGUUAUCAAAAAACACACAAGAUAGAUGUUAAAUUGUAAGAAAAAAAUGUAUAUUAAACAUCAUUUCUUAGUCUUGUGGAAAUAAAGACUGCCAAUAUUUAAAUGA